UAUCGUCGAAUUUGCUUUUGCCGAGUUUUUUUUUUAACGGAAUUUGUCUCUAAGCGAGGAACCGGGUCAUUAAUAGUGUACAAUGCUCAACAGUUUGUUGAGUGAGUUGAAGCUGAGUGGUUGUGUUGAUUUUAGAGCGUUUUGAACUCUGUUCGCAGAAAUCUUAAUAGCCAUUAUAACGCAGCAUUAUUAAAAAAAAUAAUAAUAAUGCCAUCUGUAGCGUCGACCUUUGUGCGCAUAUUGAUUGGUGGCUUGGCCCUUUUGGUGGCGGUGGGUUAUAAGAACUAUCGUGAUUUAGGUGCGCCUGGCAAACGGCCGGAUUUGGAUAACAAUGCAUAUUGGGGACCAAAGUUGGAGGGAUCAUAUCAAGAGAAGAAGGAAAUUUCUCCAUAUGACAUAAGUGUUGCGCCCGAGGUGAUUGCCGAUCUAACCGCACAGCUGGAACGUCCGCUCAAGGUGCAGGAGCCGUUGGAAGGCAUUGGCUUCGAGUACGGUUUCAAUGCCAAGGAAUUACAAAGGGUGGUGAAAUAUUGGCGCGAUAGCUAUCUGCCCAAAUGGAAUGAACGUGAGCAGUUCCUCAAAAAGUUGAAGCAUUUCCAAACAGAAAUUCAAGGCUUAAAAAUCCACUUUAUACAUGCGAAGCCCAAGAAAGCUGGGGGUAAAAAGGUUGUUCCUCUGCUCCUGAUGCAUGGGUGGCCCGGCACUGUUCGCGAAUUCUAUGAUUUCAUUCCACUGCUGACGACUGGCAGUGAUAAGAGCGAUUAUGUUUUUGAGGUGAUAGCGCCCAGUUUGCCCGGCUACGGCUGGUCUCAGGGUGCUGCUCGGCCUGGUCUGGGCGUCGCACAGGUGUCUGUGGUUAUGCGUAAUCUGAUGCUGCGUCUGGGCUUCGACAAGUUCCUUAUUCAAGGUGGCGAUUGGGGCAGUAUUAUUGGCAGCAAUCUGGCCUCUCUGUUUCCGGAAAACGUGAUUGGCUAUCACUCAAAUAUGUGUUCCAACAACAGUCCCAUGGGUAGUCUGCGCUUGCUGUUCUCCUCCUUCCUACCCAGCUUCUACAUUGACAGCCAGUAUAAGGAGUAUUACAAGGGCGUCAGCAAAAUGUUCCUCAUUCUAAUGGAGGAAAUGGGCUAUGCCCAUAUCCAGGCCACCAAACCGGACACUAUUGGCACUGCUCUGGCACACAAUCCAGUUGGCCUUGCAGCGUACAUACUGGAGAAGUUCUCUACGUGGACGAAUCCAACUUACAUCAACUUGGAGGAUGGCGGUUUGACGAAACACUUCAACUAUGAUCAGCUGCUGGAUAAUGUAAUGAUCUACUAUGUGACCAACUCGAUUACUACCUCGCAGCGCUUAUAUGCCGAGUCUAUGGGCAGCACCCAGAUGGCCUUGGGAGUGGACAGUGUGCCUGUUAAGGCACCGGCCGGUUGCACACGCUUCGCCAAUGAGAUAUUCCACGUGCCGGAUUCGGUACUGGCCAAUAAGUUCCCGAAUCUGGUGCACAGCACUCAUUAUCCGGAGGGUGGACACUUCCCAGCGUUCCAGGUGCCACAGCAACUCUAUGAGGACUAUGUGGCCUAUGUGAAGAAGGCAUUGGGAUAAAUUUUUGCCGGAUUGAUUUCCAUGUAAUUUGUAUGUUGGUUGUAUGUUAAGCAGAGGUUCGUGGAAUGAAUAAAAACAAUUGUUUACAUUGUA